CUCCUCCCUCCCUCUUUUACUCUUACGCCCGCUCCGCUGCGGGUAAUAAUAAUUUCCUUCUAGUCAAUUCAGGAGUGCAAGGUCCUACGCUGGCGCCUUGGAUCUUCUUUUCUUUUCCCCUCUCUCUUUCUCUUUCUUGAUUUCUUCCUCUCAUUCGAAUCCUCAAUUAACGACAACCCCCCGGAAAUCGGACGAGUCGUUAGGACGGAAGGAAAGAUUAUCAUUAGCGCUCUUUUCAGCCUACUCUUUCCUCAGCGGAUUUCGCUCAUGCUGCGCUUUGCAUCUCCCAAGCGACGUUCGUCAAGAUGCCAACCAGCACGUCUGCGCCUGAAAAAUCGAGACAGACCUCCGCUGGGAAGUCGUUCUUUGGGAGGAAGUUGCACAAAGAGAAGUCGGUAGACGAACGAUACGACCCGCAUGGCUCGCACGAUAGUCUGGCGCCUCCUGGAAGCGCCCCCGGGUCUCGCUCAUCCCGCCAUUCCAAACGGUCGUCCGUCCAGUCCGUGGACUAUCCCCACGAGUUUGAUCCCAGUGGUGUGUCCAUGACCGCAGGUGUCCUGACUUCGAUUCCCUACGAGAGCUUGCCCGCCGAUACCCGAUCGCCUGUCCCCGUCGAUCACCUCUCAAGACCUAGUUCGUCCUCACGUAAAGAACCGUCGCCGAACCAUCUCGCCAAAGGAAACAGCGACUACCACCAGUACCCGGCAUGGAACCCGGCCAGCGUCCCCAACAAUAACACCACCACCACCACCACCACCACCACCAACAGCGCUUCGUCACACCCAACUGGCCCCCGGCCACCUCCGCAUGGCUUGAAUGUGACCAUGACGGGAAGUACAUCGGGGGAUAAGGGUGCUCGAUAUCAACAGUGGGGACGCCCGGGCAGCUCUGCAGCCAAUACUGGCUUUAGCCACAGCUCCUCCUCUACACUAGAUUCAUCGGCGCAAUCGCGCUUGUCCUUCGACCAGCUUAGUGUUCAUUCGUCGAUGUCAUCUAAUACUCGGGGUUCGAGCUAUUAUGCAUCAGAGAGCUCUUCGCGCACGCUGACACCUUCGCAUUCCGCCGAUCGCACAACUUACGCAUCAAAUGGCAGUUCCGGCCGCCUGUCGAAUGCACAGGCAGCAUGGCAAUCGACCCAGCCCGCUCAACCACCCAAGAUUCCGGUUAACCAGGAGCAAUAUCUCGCCCGACCGAGGGACGAUCGAGUGGUGGAUCAACUGUUUAUCGAGCUGAUGCAGAAACGAGGAUGGCAGAACCUCCCGGAGCAGGCCAAACGACAGAUGCUCGCUUAUCCGGCUUCGAAAAAGUGGACCUUGGUGCACCAGGACCGGUUGACGGAGAUACAGGGGGAACAGAAGCGGCGGCAGAAUGCUCGGCAGACUCACGGCCAUGAUGGACCCUCGGGUAUUCUGGAACGCGCUGAUGAGGAGGGAAGCCCCGAGUGGUAUGUGAAGAAGGUUAUGGACGAUUCAAUCACCUCGAAACAGCUGGCCAGUCUAAGUGUCAGUCUACGAACGCAGCCAAUCAGUUGGGUCAAGGCUUUUGUUGAGGCGCAGGGUCAAAUCGCUUUGACAAACGUGCUUGCCAAGAUCAAUCGAAGGAAGGCUACAGGUGUCGUCCCAGCUCCCCCGACAGGGGAUAAGGAUCUGGAUCGUGAAUAUGACAUCGUCAAAUGUUUGAAGGCCUUGAUGAACAACAAAUAUGGAGCGGACGAUGCUCUCGCACAUCAACAGGUCAUUGUGGCUCUUGUUAGCUCACUGCUAUCCCCUCGAUUGAAUACGCGAAAGCUGGUCAGUGAAGUCUUAACCUUUCUCUGUCACUGGGCCGAGGGCCAUGGGCACCAGAAGGUCCUCCAGGCUAUGGACCAUGUUAAGAAUCACCAUGGGGAAACCGGCCGUUUCGACGCCUGGAUGCGUAUUGUGGAGGUGACCAUUGAUGGCCGAGGGAAGAUGGGCAGCCUGGUUGGCGCAAGUGAAGAAUAUCGCAGCGGCGGCAUAGGCAUGGAGAACCAUCUCAUGGAAUAUGCUGUUUCAACCAUGCUGCUCAUCAAUAUGUUGGUGGAUGCGCCCCAGAGCGAUUUGCAGCUCCGCUGUCAUAUUAGGGCUCAGUUCAUUUCUUGCGGCAUCAAGCGCCUCAUGACCAAGAUGGAAGGCUUUCAGUACGAGGUCAUCGAUAAGCAAAUUGAACGGUUCAGGGAGAAUGAAGCCAUUGACUACGAAGACCUGCUGCAACGGGAGAGCAGCAGUAUGAAGGACAGCAUCGAGGGCGAGGUCAAGGAUAUGAGUGAUCCUUUGCAAAUCACAGAUGCCAUCACCGCCAGGAUACAGGGCACUCGGGCUCAUGAUUACUUCCUAUCGGCCAUGCAGCACAUGCUCCUGAUCCGGGAGAAUUCUGGCGAGGAUGGUCUUCGUAUGUACCAGCUGGUGGACGCUAUGCUCAGCUAUGUCGCUAUGGACCGUAGGCUUCCCGAUCUUGACCUCCGACAAGGGUUGACCUUCACCGUGCAAAGUCUUUUGGACCGCCUGCAUACAGACUCCGAGGCAAGACGAGCUUACGAUGAAUCUUUGGAAGCUCGCCAGAUCGCGGAGGCUGCUCUUGCGGAGCGCGAUGAGAUGAAGGCCCAGGUAGAGCUUGGCGCAGAUGGCUUGGUUAAGAAGCUGCAGAAACAGAUCGAUGAACAGACAGGGAUCAUUGAGCUGCAACGGAGACGUGAGGAAGUGAUGCAGGCGGAGCUUGCGGAUGUUCAGAGGCUACGGGCUCAAGAGUUACAGCGGAAUGAGCUGGAAACUCGAGAACUCUACCUGAUGCUCCGAGACGCCCAGGAUAUAGCUGCAUCUACUGCCAAGAAGAGCAACAUGGCCGAAGCGGAUCCUUCACAGAUGAGAGGCAUCCUCGACCGAGAGAAGCUCUUGGAGCGAUUGGAGAUGCAGCUCGAGCGAACCAAGACACAGUUCAAGCUGGAGGGCAAGGUAUGGGGUCAACAUGUCACCUCAGAUAGACUGCGUGAGCUUCGAGAGCAGAUGGAUGGCGAAGCCGAUGCCGACAAUGAGUUUGGACAACGGAAAGGUCAAGGCCUGGACGUCAACGCCUUCGGAUCGGUUCACCGGAAGAGAAGCCAUCUACCGGGCAUGGACCAAGACGACAGUUCCGAGAUUCGGACGCCAGUCGACGAGUCCGGUGAGGUCGUAUACGAAAAAGCACGCCUUGUUGAUCUUCAUCGACCCAAAGUCAAUCCUAAGCAAGCCAACGGUCUCCUGGGAGAAAUCGCCUCGAAGGUUCCUAAGAUUGACGCUGAGGAGGCUGACGAUGCUGUCACAAAUGGCUCCGUGGACAACAAACUUGCUGAACCUGGAACAGAAGAUCGCCCUGCCAGUUCACAACAAGAAGGAGCCAGGGUCGAGGGUGCAACUGAAAAGGUCGAGAAUAAAGGUGCUCCUGCUCCUGCUCCUCCACCCCCACCCCCGCCUCCGCCUCCUCCUGCGCCAGGAGGGCUGGGGUUCGCACCUCCUCCUCCUCCACCACCUCCGCCUCCUCCUCCUGCGCCAGGAGGGCUGGGGUGA